AGGCUUCUUCUUUGAAGCAAACCAUUAUGAGGAAUCCUGCACACUGGUAGACUGUGCCUAUCAAACAUACCCGACGCAAAUGGAUGAACAUUGUAUAGUUUGUAUGAAAGCUUUAUUUACCGUAAUGUAUUUCGAAUCUUUUGUCUUAUUCUGUCAAAGUGAAAUAUUAUAAAGUGCGAUAGUGACACAACAUACUAGAUUAAUAUAUGCUUUGACAUUUUUAUGAAUACAGGAGUUACAUGAUAAACUUGAACAAAGCAAAUGAUCUUUGAUCUGAUCAUAUAUAUUGAUCAUACAAUAGUUUUAUUAAGGAGGAGUAUUCUUGAAGGAGUUGGGCCUUAGGUUAGGUUAGGUAAAAGUCUUAGGUAUCAACAGCAUUCCCAAAAAAUUUUGUUUUGAGUUGACCUCAGGCAGGCCGGUCGCAAAACAGCUAAAUUUCAUCAUGGUUAAUUUUUUAUAUGCGGGCACCAAGAUACCGUGCAUCGCAGCCGCAAAUUACACCGGGUACACCUGAGCAUGCGAGAGAAAGAGUUGAAAUUUAGGAACUGUAAGUCUUAAAAAUACAAAUUACGCGCGUCGGUCGAGUCCUUUUACCCACGUGGUCUAUUUAACUAGUGACACUAAUGCAAGACGCGGUCUUUGACCCUUCAAACUUUAAACAGUUUCGUAAAAUACAUUUUAAAGCUUAAUUUUAAUGUCAUUCUCUAUUAAACUAAUUACAGUUGUUGAUUACAUCCACUAAAAUCUAUUUCGUAGAAAUGUAAACAAAAAUAUAAUAAAAUUUGUGUGUAAUAAAGUGUUUUUAUUAAAAGUCUAUUCAUGGUUAUCUACAAAACAGAUCACACUAUGUAUUGGUGAAAACCGCCUCAAAUUCCGUACGGUAGAUUUUGCGUUUAUCGCGAACAGACAGACAGGCAGAGGCGGCAUAGAAUUUGUUUUAUAAUAUUUAAGGAAUGUAUAAUUAAAAGUACCAUGUCGAAGCUGCUCCUGUACGCUGCUCCGGCGAGCCCGCCCAGCAGGUCCGUCAUGAUGCUGGCCGAAGUCCUAGGGCUCCCGCUGCAGUGCAAGAUGAUCAACUUGCUUAAAUUGGAGCAUAGGACGCAGGAGUUCAAAAAGUUAAAUCCAUUGUCACUGGUGCCAGUAUUACAAGAUGGAGACUUCAUUCUUUGUGACAGCCAUGCGAUACUAAAAUACUUGGUAUCAGCAUAUGGCGGCCAGCAACAAGAGGUGUUGUACCCUCGAGAGCUGCAGGCGCGUGCGCUCGUCGACCAGCGGCUGUUCUUCAACGCCAGCGUCUUCUUCCGGAAGGUCGUCAAUGACAUCGCUUUCUCAUCGUUCCAAGGCAGGCUAAAAGCGCCGACUCAACAGCACAUAGACAAUAUAGACGAGGUGUACUCAGUCCUAGACGGAUACCUGCAGAAGUGCCGGUAUGUGGCGGGCGACCGGCUGACCAUCGCCGAUCUCAGCGUCGGCGCCUCUGCCACCGCCGCGCAAAUCAUACAUAAGAUAGAUGCCGAAAGGUACCCCCACGGCGCGGCAUGGCUGGCCCGGCUGCAGAAGGAGCCGGUGUUCCAGAAGGUCAACGCCCCCGGUGUCGAACUGCUCUCCAAAAUACUGAACUCUUUCUGGGAGAAGAACAAUGCUUGAGAGUUUUAAUCGUCUCUAUCGCAUCCUACCUCUCGAUUCGUCUCUUUCAUGCCGCGAACCGCCAAAGUUUGAUUCCCUCUCCGCAUCUCUGUUUUCCUAACACUACGAUUUGGAGAUGAAAACAAGAGUGAAUAAGCAUAUUCACUUUCCAUCAGGGCAGAGUCAAACGCAUUCAAGUCAUUUAUAAAAUAUCGCGACGAAUUGAGAACUAAAAUUUUUUUUGUAGUCUGUUAAAAAGGUCUAAGAUUGACACAGAAGUUUGAAGUAUCAAGACACAUAGGCAGAUUUUUUUUUCAUGAUGCAGGGCUGUAAUGGGCGCAUUUUAUCCCAUGUUAAAGUUACCGAAAUAAAAAGCUUUACGAAUUAAAAACAAA